ACGCGAGGCCUGCAGAUACGAGUAAAACAAGCGCCGGAUGCAUGCUCGCUUCGUGUCGCGAUUCGCUUCGCCUCGCCUCGCACUGCGCACCUCCCGUUCUGCUCACGCGCCGAAUUCCCCGGGGCGGCGUUCUUCUGGGGUUUUGUGGCUCCCUUCUCGAUUGAGAUUCCGACAGUGAGAUACACCUCAUAGUAUCUUCCGACACGCUGGCCAACAUGAGUGGCGACACCCAAAAUCCAUCCGCACAAUCCGCGCAAACUCAAAAGUUCUUACGAUACCGAUCAGUUCGUCAAUCGGCUGUCAAAGAAGCUGCGCCUCAAGAUCCUCCCCCUCCCUUGCCGCAGACGUCACAGACCUCGUUGACGCGCCUACCCUCGAGAUACCAUCGGCGGCCACCAGCGACUCAAAGUGCGCCAUUACCGAACGAACCGCCCUUGCCUCCUAGCGUUAAUACCGCGACGGUCUCAAGACCUCGAGGCCGGACCUUGCACGAUGCGUCUGAACAGGAUGGGCAGGCGGGACAGGCAGAAAACGGCGCGCGCCGAAUGGUCAUUCAGCACAGCGGCUCGCGACCUACGACUAGGCCGACGACCGGCAGAAGCACUCCACGCAAGCAGACUUUGACGUCGAGUAUACAAGAGCCGUCGCCGGACGAGCUUCGGAGAUCCCUCGAAGCUGCCAGGGAAGAAGCGCGUUUGCUUUUGGAAGGGGAACAAGACCGAGUCAGGGCGCUAAGGCAGCAGGAGGCCCGGCGGCGGCAUAACGAGCGGGAAAAGCGCAGAAAACAGGAAGAGAAAUUAGCGCAAGAGACUCGGCAGCGAGAGGCUGAGGAUGUGGCGCGACUAGAAGCCAGAACACGGCCGGACCGCACUCGACCUGAAGACACCCAGCACUGUGAGCAAGAUGUUGAUGAGCAGUAUGAAGCUCCAGCGUCAUCGACACCGGACCCUGUUCUUGACGUGAACAAAUCGAGGACGCGUACAUUAGUCAUAGGCGGACAAGCCUCCUCCGGCAAACAAGGUGAACGUGCACAUCACCGCCGUGCAUCAUCCGCGGUUGAGCAGCUACGACAGAAGCCAAAACAAAGUCAUUCUAGAACAAACAGCGCCGGUAAGAACGACGAGAAGACCAAUAGUCAAGCACCUAUCCCUAAACCCAACUUCGAUGCCCCAGUAUCGGCAGUAAACGCUGGAGAACGGAGGGUAAGCGUCAAAUGUAAGGAAGCGCUCGUUACUCUCCCUAUUACACCCUCUACUACAUCCAAGGACGUGCUGAGUUCCGCCUCCCUCUGCAUGUCCCAGCCGAUUGACCCUCGAACGGCUGUCCUGCUGGAGUCCUUUUCUCAGCUCGGGCUAGAGCGACCGCUGCGAAGAUAUGAGCGGAUACGUGACGUGAUGAACUCCUGGGACAGUGACACACAGAAUCAUGUCUUCAUCAUGGCUGAAGGUGAAUGUGCUGCCCCAGGCUUGCAGCUCGCAGACGCUCCCAAACAGCAACCUUACGGGACCGUAGUAAACAUCUACCAUUCACAGAGGCCUGGAAAAUGGGAUAAACGCUGGUUGAGACUGAGGGAGGACGGCCAGAUCACCACAUCCAAGAAUGAAAGUGGCAUUGAUUCCACCAACAUCUGCCACUUGUCAGACUUUGACCUGUAUACUCCCACCGCCCGACAGAUCAAAAAGCUCAAGCCUCCUAAGAAGCUGUGCUUUGCCCUGAAAAGCCAGGAGAAGUCGGCCAUGUUCCUAGACGGGGCAAACUUCGCGCACUUCUUCUGCACCAAGGACAAGACGGUCGCCGACAGAUGGUAUCAUGCCGUUCAUUCGUGGCGGAGUUGGUACCUGGUCAACAUGCUUGGUGAGGGUCAACAGAAAACGACUGACCCGGCAGAAAGGCUAGGGCAAGGAAGCAGACCAGGGACAAGGGGGUCCAAAGAAUCGUUGCCCUACGUGCUCGGCUCUUUCAAACCACUUCUGGAUUUCGGUUCCACCUUUGAGGGAAAGCGAAAGCCAGAGUCGGACGUCGCGCAUCGGGCGUCACAAUCUGAUGACCAGAGGCCGUUGAUUGAUUUCGUACCCGAGAGACCGAGCAUUGACGAGAAAGCGGGCAGCCCGAAAUUCCCUUCGAGGCCACCAGGAGCUCCACCUACAUCGUUUCCGCGAAAGCUUAUGGUCGAGUCAGCAACGAAUGGCACCGGCGAAGACACAGACGGACCAUUUACUGGAACGGGUCUCCUUGCCCGGAGCGCCAGUCGUCGAUCGCAGGGCGGGCACCGAUCAGGUCGCGGCGCCCCAGGCAAGCCUUUAGUUGAUCUCACUCCCACGAGCGAGUUCACUGACGGUAGUUUGCUACGGAAGAUGGAAGCAAUGGCACCUCAGCAGGGAGUGCUGGAACCGAAGAUCGACCGGCUGAAGCGGAGAGAGGUGGACAUCGCGGUUGGCGAGGGAUUCUAGCUGCAUCACCUAGCUCCUGGUGAGCAGAACAGCAAGACGAGGCACCUCACUGAGAGGAUUGCACAAUCGCUCAUGCAGCUGGUGACUGGAAGGAUGAGAUUACGAUGUGGCUGAAUGAGCUUAUGAAAGAGGGUUUGCUUAUGUUUUGUGUAUAUAUACUAUAACCACAUUGCGAGUUCCGU